AUGGGCACAAAAGAGCAGAAUCUGCAAAAGAAAAUCCAGCACUUGCAAGGCAUGCUCGGAGAAAUCAACAGAUACCUGCAGGGCGCCUCCACAAAGCCGCCAGGAAUGAUAUCUAGGCUGCUGGACGAAAAAACCCGAAUAACCUCGCAGCUGAGAGAUCUGAACAACCUUCUCGUAGGAAACCCGGAAGAGAUAGAGAGGGGAGGGGGCAGUUUUUCCUCGGUCUACAGCACGGCAGGGAAAAUGGAGAAGGCCCGGGAGUGCCACUACUCAGAGGUCCACUGCAGCGACCCGCUGGACGCAAGAGUGGACAUAGAGGACGUUAUGCAGGAAAUGGGGAUCCUGCCAGAGAUGGACGAGCAGUCGAAAAUAGUUCUUCUAAGCGGGGCAGACAUCUUCAUAGACAAUUUAAUAUCAACUGCAUGCUCUGUGGCCAGAAACAAAAACAUGGAGGAGCUCACAAAAGAAGAAAUUCUUUUUGCCUUGCAGAUGGAAAGAAAAACAACCCUGUACAACAGAGCCGAGUACACAAAGCACCGAGACCCUGACAAAGAGCACACAAAGCGCAUGCAUAUGAUAAAGAGAGACCAAAGAAAGAACAUGAGCACAGAAUAG